UCCCUCUUAUGAUGUCAGCAUUGGUACUACACCCAUUUUAGGUACUUCAUAUGCACGUUUAAGGUUAUUCCUGCUCUUUCUUCAUCCUAACUUUGUCAUCAUGCGAGAGAUUGUUCAUCUACAGAUCGGACAGUGUGGAAAUCAGAUCGGCUCAAAGUUCUGGGAGGUAAUCAGUGAUGAACAUGGUAUUAACAGUGUGGGAGCAUAUGAGGGUGACACGGACCUUCAGUUGGAGAGGGUCAAUGUUUACUUCAAUGAAGCACAUGGUGGGAAAUAUGUUCCGAGAGCUCUGUUAGUGGACCUCGAGCCAGGCACUAUGGACAGCGUGAGGGGCAGUCACAUAGGACAACUCUUCAGACCAGACAAUUUUAUACACGGGAAUUCUGGAGCUGGCAAUAACUGGGCUAAAGGUCAUUAUACAGAAGGUGCAGAACUUGUGGAGCAAGUUGUGGAUCGUGUCCGUAACGAAGCUGAGAGCUGCGACUGCAUGCAGGGCUUUCAGUUUGUCCAUUCAUUGGGUGGUGGUACCGGUUCCGGAAUGGGUACUCUCAUUAUCAACAAGAUCCGAGAGGAGUACCCCGACCGCAUCAUGAAUAGUUUUAGCAUAAUGCCCUCACCAAAGGUCUCAGAUACAGUAGUGGAGCCAUACAAUGCAACACUAUCAAUUCACCAACUAAUUGAGAAUACUGAUGAGACGUUUUGUAUUGACAACGAAGCGCUGUACGACAUCUGCUUCCGUACCCUAAAGCUCACAACACCAACCUAUGGAGAUCUCAACCACCUUGUAUCCCUAACCAUGAGUGGGGUCACGACCUCCCUACGUUUCCCAGGUCAACUGAAUGCCGACCUUCGCAAGCUGGCCGUCAAUAUGGUGCCCUUUCCGCGUCUCCAUUUCUUUAUGACAGGUUUUGCUCCACUAACAGCACGUGGCAGCCUGCAAUACUGUGCCCUUACAGUGCCUGAGCUCACCCAGCAGAUGUUCGAUGCCCGUAACAUGAUGACUGCAUGUGACCCACGUCGAGGGCGCUACCUGACUGUGGCCGGCAUUUUCCGUGGUCGCAUGUCCACCAAAGAGAUUGAUGAGCAAAUGCUUGCAAUUCAGCAGAAAAAUAGCAACUACUUUGUGGACUGGAUCCCUCACAACGUCAAAGUGGCCGUUUGCGAUAUUCCGCCACGUGGCCUCAAAAUGUCCUCUACUUUUAUUGGAAACAACACCGCAAUCCAGGAGAUAUUUAAGCGCAUAGGCGAGCAGUUCACUUUGAUGUUCAGACGCAAGGCCUUCCUGCACUGGUACACGGGGGAGGGCAUGGAUGAACUGGAGUUCACAGAGGCCGAGAGCAACAUGAAUGAUCUGGUUUCAGAGUACCAGCAAUAUCAGGACGCCACAGCUGAUCUGGAUUGGGAAGGAGAAGAUGAAGUGACAGAAGAAGAGGGUCUGUCAUCGACAGCAAGGAGCACCAGAGUGGAGAUAAAGACUGAGGUGGUCACUGAAACGUCUGUCAAUGAAGAAGAGCAGGCUUUGGUGAAUAUGGCUUGAUGUGAUCGAAAACUGGAUAUGAUUGUUUGAGUGGGAACACUUUUUAAUGCAAACUGUCAAAUAUUGCUUACGUCCAGGUGAAUAAAUUUUACAUUUCAUUAAUAAAACACAGGGAAAAGAAAAUAUAAUUUUUACCGAAAAUAUUUUCAUGCAGAUGUAUAUUAAUGUUCUCCAAAGCUUUACGAUAUCUUACAACUUAUGUUUUGCAGAUAACAAAGUAAAUAACAUAAUCUCUGGAGACAAAAACAUAGCUAUUUCUGUUUGUUCUGUUAGUUCUGCAAAACUAAAGAAACAUUUUGAAAAAGAUUGUAAAGAAAUGGAUUUAGUACAUAAGAUUAAUUUUCUCCUGUGUGUAGCAUAACAGUACUACAGUAUAUGGCUUCAGGCUGAGUUUAAUGUUUUGUUUUAUUUUCUGUUUUUUUUUUUCUUAUCCUUCAUUGAAGACAGAAAUUAUAUAUUUUUUACUAGCAAUUUUCUUACUAAAAGGAAUAGUUCACCCAACAAUGUAAAUUCUCUCAUCAUUUACUCACCCUCAUGCUAUCCCACGUGUUUGACUUUCCUUCUUCUGCAGAACAGAAACAAAGACUUUUAGAAGACUGUCUCAGCUCUGUAGGUCCAUAAAAUGGAAGUGAAUGGUGAACAAAAUUUUAAAGCUCCAAAAAGCACAUAAAGACAACAUAAACAUUUACAUGUCUGCAUUUAGCAAACGUUUUUAUCCAGGGCAAUUUAUCCCCUUGCAGGGCAUUCAGCGCAUACAUUUGAUCAGUUUGUGUGUUUCCUGGAAUUCAAACCCAUGAUCUUAGCAUUGCUAGUGCCAUGCUCUACCAGUUAAGAUACAGGUAGUCCAUAAGACUCCAGUGGCUUAAUCAAUGUCUUUUGAAUCAAUCCAAUCGGUUUUGGGUGAGAACAGACCAAAAUGUAACUCCUUUUUCACUGUACAGCUUGGCACGAUCAUGAUGUCAAGCUCGAUUACACUUCCUAGGUUGCACAGUGCUAGAUGGCGCUAGGAAGUGUAAUCAAGCUUGAAAUCAUGAUCGCCAAGGAGACUGCUGAUGUCAAGAUUUAUAUUGAUAAAGCAGUUAUAUUUUGUUCUGCUCUCACCCAAAACCAAUUGGUUCAGAAGACAUUAAUUAAACCACUGGAGUCUGAUGGAUUAAUUUUGUGCUUUUUGGAGCUUCAAAAUUGUAUUCACCAUUCACUUGCAUUCUAUGGACCUACAGUGCUAAAGAUCUUAAUUUAUGUUGUGCAGAAGAAAGUCAUAGACAUCUGGGAUAGCAUAAGUUUGAGUAAAUGAUGAGAGCAUUUAUAUUUUGGGGGGAUUUAUUCCUUUAAAUAUCAAUCAUUUAUACAAUGUAAUGAGUAAAAGGCACAAAAAAUACUGCCAUUUCAGUACUUAACAUUUUUUUAUGUAUAUGCUUUGUAUUUAAGUAUUUCUAGUUCUUAUUGUUUUAUUUGUGUUAACAUUCCCUGAGGAAAUUAGUGUAAUUAAGGAUUAUUCCUCAAUAUCUAAUAACUGAUUACUUGUUGCCUUUCAAAAUGUAAGGAAAUACACCAAGGGGUCUCUAGUGAAAAUAAAUCUUCAUCUUGACACUUGACGGCAUCAAAGCUUUGCUUUAUCCAUAAUUGUUUUGAACUGUUAAGUUUAAUACAUUUAAUAUCAAAUACUUCCUCUACUAGAAUGAUGUUUACUUAUUUUUAUUUUGUGCAUUUCCUAAAAUUGUUCAAGUUUUCUGCUUAACCACAUUUAUAUAAAGCACUUAAUUUUGCGUUGUCUAAUAUUUUCGUAAUCACUCAAUG